AUCUCGUUUCUGAGUUGCUGUGCGAUCGUGUCGUUCGACUUCGGUUGUUGUUUCGGGAUCGAUUCUGGGAAGCACCGAAAAGUUGCGACGGGUGCUUCGUUUGCUGGCUUAAAUGAUUUUGAUCUAUAGACGGUUAACGUUAAUCGAGUGCGAACUGUGAAGCGUGAUACCUCUGUUCUGUUAUUGCAUUAAGAAAAAUCACGCCCGUGAUCAUAAUGCUGCUUCGGUUUUCUACCGUUGCCGCUGUGGCGCUGCUGCUAGUUGCCCAGACAUACGCUCAGGAUGAUUUGGAUUCUUUGUUUGAGUCGGUUUUCAAUAAUCCAGAAAAUAACAACAACAAUAAUCCCGCUGCAAUAACCACUCCACCACCAGCUCCGCAAGCUAUCAUACCACAACCACAACAACCUCAACCACAAUACACUUGCACCGGAGAGUGUGUCCCGUACUACCUGUGCAAUGAUAAUCAGAUCAUCACCGACGGCACUGGUAUCAUCGAUAUUCGUGUCGGCGAAGAUAUUGCUGUGGAAAAUGAAUGUCCGAAUUACCUGGACACGUGCUGCGAAAAAGGAGAUGUUCUAGAGGUACCUCCAGAGACUGCUACGAAAGCACCACCACCAAACAAGGAGUACUCUUGUGGACAACGUAACCCCGAUGGUCUCGGAUUCAGAAUCACUGGCAACAAGGAUGGUGAAUCAGAGUACGGUGAAUUCCCAUGGAUGGUGGCUGUUCUACGAGAGGAUAAGGUCAUGGAUUCCGUUUUGAAUGUGUACGAAUGUGGUGGAUCCCUAAUUGCACCGAACGUGGUUCUAACUGCUGCCCAUUGCGUUGCCAACAAGCAGCAGGAUACUUUGCUGGUACGAGGAGGAGAAUGGGAUACCCAAACCAGGAACGAACUUUAUGCUCAUCAGGAUCGCCGCGUACUCGAGGUUAUUUCCCAUGAACAGUUUAACAAGGGCUCGUUGAAAAAUGAUGUAGCCCUGUUGAUUUUGGACCAGCCAUUUGAUCUUGCCGAGAAUAUUCAGCCAGUCUGCUUGCCGCCAAACAAUCACAACUUCGAUGGCAGUAAAUGUUUCGCUUCCGGAUGGGGAAAGAACGUUUUCGGAAAGGAGGGCAAAUAUCAGGUCAUCUUGAAGAAGGUUGAGCUGCCAAUUGUACCUCAUAAAACCUGCCAGAAUUCUUUGCGUACGACACGAUUGGGUCUUCGUUUUAUUCUGGAUCGUAGCUUCACAUGCGCUGGAGGUAUAAACGGUCAGGAUACCUGCCGUGGCGAUGGAGGUUCUCCACUUGUGUGUCCAAUUCCUGGAAAUCCAACGAAAUACUACCAGGCCGGUAUCGUUGCUUGGGGUAUUGGUUGCGGUGAACAGGGAAUUCCUGGAGUUUACGCAAAUGUUGCAAAUUUCCGCGGCUGGAUCGAUCAGCAGCUAUCAAAGCGUCAAAUUGAAGCAAAACACUACACAUACACUUAAAUUAAAUUAAAGUUUCAUACGACAUUUUAUUGACAUUUUUAAAGGAUAGACUAAACUGAAAUAACAAUGAAAA